GCACUUUACGGCCUCGUUGCAAAGCAGGGACGGAAGCGGCCGGUGGGAGGUUGCCGGGGAGCUCAGGGCGCCAUGGACAGGAGGAAGAAGCCGCUGGACGUGGCCGCCUCCUCGUUGGUAGAUCUCAAAGCUGAGCUCUUCCGCAAACAAGAAGAAUUCAAGAAAGAAAAGCUACUGAAAGAUGCCGGCAUCUUUGCAAAGCCCAAACCCUCCAAUAAGAAACCAAGCAUCUGGACCAAACAAAACACAGGAGUUGCAAAACGAGCUGAGAAAGACAUUGAGCAGAAGGCAGAAGAGGAUCAAACCUUAGAUCAAUCAAGGAAGAAACUUGAAGAGAAAGCAAAGCUGUAUGAGAAAAUGACAAAAGGCGAUUUCCCAGAUGAAGAAACAGAAGAUUUGUACCUAGUGGAUUUCACUCAGAAGAUCAUAGACAAACAGCGAGAAGUACAGGAACUGUAUCAGAACGAAGCUGCCAUAAAGACUUUAGAAAAAGAGACAGAUGAUGAGGAAAUUGAACCAGAAAUGGAAAUACCGCCACCAGAGGACCCUGAUGAAGAAUGGGUUGAUUAUGUUGAUUCCUUGGGCCGAUCUAGACGCUGUAUGAAGAAGGAUUUGCCAAGUAUACUUAAAAUGGAUCAGGAACUUCAAGGGAAAAGACUGGACCCUGAUGGGAACACGCUGUUAUCUGAAGAUAUGAAAAGAGAACUUCAGAGGCAGCAGUGGGAAAAAGAAGAAGAAGAAGCCCUCCGAAAACCCAUGGGGCCCAUUCAUUAUGAGGACAUUCGAGAAAAUGAGGCCAGACAGCUUGGUGUUGGUUACUUUGCCUUUUCUCGUGACCAGGAUCUUAGGCAUAAACAACGGGCAACACUGGAUAUGCUAAGAGAGCAGACACUGGAUCAAAGAACUAAGCGUGAACAGUUAAAAGAAAAAAGAAAAGCAGCUCUAGAAUCAAGGCUGUCUAAACUUCGAGCACGGAAGGUGAAGAAGUUAAGGGAAGAAGGAUUAGAAGAAGAGGCAGAAAGACUGGAGAACGGAGUAGAGGUGAAAGACACCACUAGUCCAGUAGAAGCUGAACCUGAAGUUCCAAGACCAAGCAGAAAGGUAGAGGUGGUCAUCCAGGAGAGAAGAGAUACAAAGCCUGGUGUGCCUUAUGUCCGUGAGUGGGAUAAAGGCAAAGAGUUGAUGUUUGGACAAUGGUCAAAGAAGCAGGAAGAACUCAGAGAUGAGCGAGAUCCAGAAUUUGCACCACCUUCUGAUUACUUUAUGGGACAAAAGAAGGACGAUGGUUACAGCAGCCAGAAUUUGAACAGUCCUGAAACCUCCCCUGGAAAAACAGAGCCAGAAAUAUCAGAGAACCAAAAGAAGUUAUCAGUGCAGGCCAGUACCCACAGAGCUGAAGUUGUCCCACCGUCUGUACAAGCAUACAGCAACAAUGUUCAAGGUGGGCUGGCACCAGCAGAGGCUGCUGGCAGUGAUGCUGAAGACGGAUCAACAUCAGCAGAGACUGACAGCAGUGAUGAGCAGGAUGGGGUGCCAUCAGCACACCCCUACAUCUGUGGUGCACAGAACAUGCCACCAUCAAUGCCGGCUUAUGGCUAUGGCCCUCCGCAUAUGAUGCCACCAAUGCCAGCUUAUGGUUAUGGCGCUCCACAUAUGAUGCCACCAAUGCAGCCUUAUGGCUAUGGCGCUCCACAUAUGAUGCCACCAAUGCAACCUUAUGCCUACGGCACUCCAAAUGUGCCAUUUUCAAUGCACGCUUACGGCUAUGGAACCCAGGAUGCGCCACCACCAGUGCAGGCCUGUGACUGCAGCACUCAGCAUGCGCCACCACCAAUGCAGGCCUGUGACUGCAGCGCUCAGGAUGCACCACAAUCGGUGCAGGCCUGUGACUGCAGCACUCAGGAUGCACCUCCUCCAGAGCAGACAUACAGUGGUGACACGCAAAAUCAGGAACCACUUUACCAAAGUUUAGAUGAUAUGCUGUCUUAUUACAGACAAGUGACUUGACCUGAGUAGUAUAAUAAAGAAGAAUUGUAAUUUAAGGAUCUGGAGUAGAAUUAUCUUCUGAGCAAGAAUAUUAUUUCCCUACAUCUGGGAAAAAUGAGUUUCUGUAGGUAGAUGAAAAUAAAUUUCCUGGUGAACCUAAGCUACCUUCCAUCAACAGCUGUACUUCUACCCCGUCUGUCCUUUUUUCCUCUUUAUUAAAAUUACAUACUUUUUUGUCACUGCUUAAUUAGUUUAGUGCACGUUCUUAUUCUUUACCACUUACAUCUGUACUUUUGGGUAUAGCUCCUGCUUUGCAGGUACUGCUGGUUCAGUAAUAUCUAUAGGAACAGCAUUGAAAUGGCAGACCUGUUGCUAAAUACAAAAAGGUUUUAAGAAAUUUGUUACCCUCUUCAUCAUCUGACUUCAGGGACAGACUGUGCAGAAUAUCAGCUAGUGAGCAGUUGUGGGGAGUACUGUCUUUGGUCAUAAUGCCUUCUGAGUUCCUGAGGUCUAUAUCUAACUUGUAAUUCUGUGAAGCAGAUCAGAGUUGGAGAAGGGCACUACAGAAAAUGAUAAAUGAUGGUAAGACUAAGAAUAAAUGCUCUACUGAAUUAGAAGCCUGGACACCUGAAAUUACUGUCUUACUGGUUUAGAAAAUGCUCUCUUCGUUGUUCAAGUACAUUAUUAAAUCAUUCUAUUAUUUAAGGCUUUACCUAA